UUCUCGUCAAAAAACCCUAACCCCUUCUAUCAAUCUUUUGUUCAUGAUGUCUCAAUCUUAUAUACUUUCAAAGAGCUUUGUUGGUCAUGAUCAGGAUGUUAAGGUUGUUUGUGAGGGCUCUGAAUCUUUAAUAUUUUCUGCAUCAAGAGAUGGUACAGUUCGGUCAUGGAAUAUUUCUAAAGAAUCUACAAUUAAACCCAAUAUUUACUCAAUGCAUUCUGGAUAUGUUAAUAGUUUGGCAUUUAUUAGAUGUUCAGAGAAGUAUCCAAAUGGCCUUAUAGUUAGCGGAGGACAAGACAAGUUAAUUGCUGUUUAUGAUCCUUAUAAAUAUGUGGAACCGGAUUAUGUAUUGAUUGGGCAUCAGGCAAAUGUCUGUGCCUUGCAUGCUACGGACAAUGCAAUGAUUAUAUCUGGAUCAUGGGACAAGACAGCAAAGGUAUGGAAAGAUUGGAAAUGUCUAUAUACGUUGGAGGGACAUAGUGCGGCUGUCUGGGCAGUCUUAAUAGUUGAUGAAAAUCGAUUUCUUACAGGAUCAGCAGAUAAAACAAUUAUACUUUGGUUAGAUGGUAUUCAGAUUGGAUUAUUUAAAGGACAUACGGAUUGUGUUAGAAGUAUAUGUAAAAUAUCAGAUAGCGAAUUUAGUAGUUGUGGAAAUGAUGGUGUAAUUCGUAUAUGGACAUUUUCAGGAGAACAGAUAUUGGAGAUGACAAAUGGGCGUUCUUUUAUAUAUUCUUUAUCUAUGUUGUCUACGAAGGAACUUAUUUCUUCCGGGGAAGAUAGAUCAGUUAAAAUAUGGAAAGAUGGAAAAUGUAUUCAAACUAUUAUUCAUCCUGCUGUUAGUAUUUGGUCUGUUGCUGUUCUUAAAAACGAUGAUAUUGUUACUGGAGGAAGCGAUGGUAUUAUUAGGAUAUUUACAAGAGAUCAAGAAAGAAUGGCAUCUAAAGAAGAAAUAAAUGAAUUUAAUAAGAGUGUUGCUUCAUACAAAAUCUCUACCAACAAUCUUAGUCAUAUAAAUAAGGAGAAGCUUCCUGGUGUUGAGGCGCUUCAAAAACAAGGAAAAAAAAAUCAAGUUAUUAUGAUUAAGGAAAAUAAUACAAUUGAAGCAUAUCAAUGGGAUGUUUCUAAGAUGGCAUGGAAUAAAGUUGGAGAAGUUGUUGAUGUAGCUGCUCCAUCACAAAAACAAAUUUAUAAUGGCCAGGAAUAUGAUUAUGUUUUUGAUGUUGAUAUUGCAGAAGGAUCACCGCCACUAAAAUUGCCUUAUAAUGUAAAUCAAAAUCCUUAUGAGGUUGCUUAUCAAUUUAUACAAAACUAUCAACUUUCAAUAGAAUAUCUUGACAGGAUUGCAAAGUUUAUACAGGAGAAUACAAAGAAAAUCGAGAUAGGAGAACAAAAUUCAUUUAUAGAUCCAUAUUCUACUGGAAGAUAUAUUCCUGGUCAAUCUUGUUCUGAAAGUUCAGAACCUUCUAAGAAAAUUUUACCUCAUACUAGCUUUUUAUCAUUCAAGCAAAUAAACAUUUUUGGAUUAAUCCAAAAAUGCAUGGAAUUUAAUUCUGUUUUUGGAAAAUCAGAGCAUAAAAAUAUUUCUUUAAAUCCUGAAGAAGUUUUAACUUUAGAAACAAUUGAUAAAUAUCUUAAAGAUCCUAAAGGGAAAUCUCUCACUAAGAAUAUGGUUUUAGAUUCUUUGGAUUUAAUUGUUAAGUUAACAAACAUUUGGCCCUAUGAUAAAAGGUUUCCUGGAUUAGAUAUGUUAAGAAUAUUUUGCGAAAGAUUUGAAGAAACUAGUUCAUAUAAAUACGGCACAAAAUCAAUAAUCGAUAUAAUUAUAGAAGGUGGACUUUCAAAUGAUUCUUUAGCAUUUUCAGAAAAAAUAAUUGGAAAUAAUAUUAUGUUAUCUCUUAAGGCUUUAGUUAAUUUAUUUGAAAGGGAUUCUGGAAGAAAAAUACUUUAUCAAAAUCUUGACAAGAUAACAACUAAAAUAUUCAAUAUUUAUAAUAUUUUAUUUAAUCGUAAUAUUAAGAUCGCACUUGGCACUUUAUAUUUAAACUUUUCUGUUCUUUUUUAUCAACUAUCAUCAACACAAAAUGCAAUUAAUUUUAUAGAACCUAUAUUUCAAAUUUUAUUAAAAGAUGACGAUUCAGAGUGUAUUUAUCGAACAUUAAUUGCACUUGGUACAAUUCUACAUACACUUAAAGAAUCCAAAUAUAUAUAUACAGACAGGAUUCAAAUGGUUACGCAGAAAUGCAAAAAUGAUUUUAAAGAAUCACGAAUAACUUCAUUAAUUAAAGAAAUCUCGGAAAUAUUACAUUGAAAAAUAAUACUAUAAAUAAAAAUAAAUAUAAUAAAAGAUAUA